GCUUUCUGGGCCAAGUUCACAGUCAUAACAGACCCAAACCAUGAAAUCAUUUAUGAACCCGUUUCCAAUCCAUGGCUUCUUGAUCUCACGAAGAAGUGUCUUGCAUGGGACCGUUAUGAAAGAUGGAGGAUUCCUUGGCUACUUCAAGACCCUUUUUUGGUUCUCCCAAUCCCACCUCAAUUAUCUUCCCCUCAAACCCAAUGCUGGAAACUGCUUCAAGUGAUUACUGAAUCUUGUCCAGACGACCGAAAGGCUUUAAUGCUAUGUUCCCAGCUGCAAAAAUUACUAAGGGACCCAAGAGCUGGAGUGACAUCUCUAUCACGAGAUCAAAGAUCAACAAC